AUGGCGCUCUUGCUACAGUACUACCUCGUCCGUCCGGUCAGGAAAAUGCAGACCGACUCCGGCUACGUCAGCAUCCCUGAGUCCAAGGUCCCCAUGAUACCCAUUGACAUCCUUCCCGAGUGGAUCGAGAUCGUCGGACUUCCGCGCUCACUCAGGGACAACCAUGCCGUCGGCCUCACCAGCCUGGGUCACGUCGAAAAGCCCGAGGAGAUGUUGGAGGUUAGGCUUCGCAGUGUGGACCCGUCGGUGCACGACAGAGCCAUGCAAUAUGCCCAUGUAUCCCAUCUGUCUUCGGGGCAGAGUGGCGCCUCGACCAUUAACAACAUCCCGUCCCACGAGAAGGAGCCUGUCAGAACGACGACAGGUGAUCACGUCAAGACAGCGACGUUGAAGGAGCUGAAAAGGCAGCGAGGGGAGCGGCCGGACGGCGAGACGCUUACAAACACGACAGAGCCCGGACGACCCAACGUCGAUGCUCCGCGCAAGCUGGAGGCCGAGAUGCCCGCCGUGCAGAACCGGCAGUCUGACGAGGCGAGUAGGUCACUUCGAGCUGCGCCACAGAGUGUUCGUACCGCGGCGGGAAAAGCGCCCGUCUAUUCAAAGCGGGCUCUUGUAGCCGCGCCAAAUGGGCUGUCGAGCUCGGUCCACGCACAGAGUGAUCCCUCAACCGAGAUGGCAACGAAGGGCGCAGGAGUGUCUGCGGCGGCGUCUCCUCGACAUCAACGAUCAGCUGGUAGAGCAACGCAGCCGUUCGGUAAUGAGGGUAUGCGGAAGCCUACGCACGGGGCGAGGAAAAAGACGAAAAUUCCAGAGUCCCGUCGGUUCUGCCAUAACUGGUGUCAUCGUGGAGCGUGCAAGUGGGGUGCUGAAUGUCACUACCGUCAUGCGAUGCCUGCGACCCGCGAGUGCCUUCGAGAGGUCGGACUCAGGGAUUAUCCCCGGUGGUGGGCGGAACUCUCGGGCGCGUCGACGGAUACAAGGCCGCGCGGCCGUACGGGGCAGAGCGCAGCAAGGAGGAAAACACCAUACGAACAAGAGACAAGGCCGCACGAACCAGAACUACAACGUGAGCCUUUGAGCAUAUCCAAGCGCGCGGUUGCAGAGGAUCCCGUGUGUUUGGAUGCACAUCCGUCAGAGGGACUGUCACGGCUCCAGGUUUCGGACUGUUCAGGGGUGGCACAUCGGGUGACGCAGCUUCCAGCUACGACUUCUCUGGCGGAGGGGAAGAAUGUUGCUCAGGAGAAUGGGACCCGGGAGCCAGUUAAUCUAAUCGAUCUGGACUAA